CUCCAACCUUCUCACUGCCUCCCCGCCCGCCCCCUCCCAUCUCCCACUCUCCCUCCCCCCCUCAUCCUACCCCCCUAUCUCCCACCCUCCCCUCCACCCACCUCACUCGCACCCCCCAUGCCCACCGCGCCACCGCCACCCCACGCCCACGCCCCCCCCCCCCACCCACCCCUCGCACCCCACCCUCCUGCAUCCCUCCACCCUCUCCAUCGCCACCCGCGCGCAGCGCGCCAUCCCCCCUCCCCACCCUCGCUCAUCCUCCACCCGCUCCAUCUCUCGCACCCUCUCCUCAGCUCGUCCACUCCCCACUCUCCACCCUCUCCCUCGCUCACGCGCGCCACUCUCCCGCUCCCUCAUCUCUCCACCCUCCGUCAUCCUCCCGCCCGCCACUCUCCACCCCCUCGCAUCUCCGCCCCUCAGUCGCACCUCCACGCCGCCCGCCACCCUCUCUCAUUCCUCCACCUCGCCAUCUCUCCACCCUCCCAUCUCUCCACCCCCCCAUCUCUCCACCCCCAUCUUGCACCCUCCUCAUCGCUCCCCUCGCCUCACUCGCCUCUCCCCUCCCCAUCGCCCACCCCGUCUCACUCUCCACCCUGCUCCAGCUCUCCACCUCCCUCACCGCCACCCGCGCCUCACUCUCCACCCCCCAUCGCCCCACGCCCCCUCAGCUCCACCCUCUCUCAUCCUCCACCCUCUCUCAUCUCUCCACUCUCCCUCCUCUCCACCCUCUCUCAUCUCGCACCCUCGCCUCCGACCCGCACCCGCCCCGACUCAUCUUCCACGCCAUCCAUCUCUCCACUCUCCCGUCAUCUCUCCACCUCCCCUCCUCUCUCCACCCUCCUCAUCUCUCCCCGUCUCCACUUCGUCCCAUCUCUCCCCCCGUCUUCCACCCUCUCAGUCCUCCACCCCCGCAUCGCUCCACCUCUCCUCUCCACUCUCCUAUCCUCCACUGCUCCCCAUCGCUCCACCCCCUCAUCUCUCCACCACGCUCAUCUCUCCACUCUCCCGUCUCCACCCCUCCUCAUCUCUCGCCCCUACUCUCCCCGCUGAUCUCCCACCCUCUCUCACUCUCCACCCUCCCAUCUCUCCACUCUGCCCCUCCUCCACCCGCUCCUCACCUCCCCUCGGCAGCCCUUCCUCAUCUCUCCACUCUCCCUCAUCUCUCCAUCCUCUCUCAUCUCUCCACCCCCUCAUCUCUCCACCCUCUCUCAUCUCUCCACCCUCUCUCAUCUCUCCCCCCUCUCUCAUCUCUCCACUCUCCCUCAUCUCUCCACCCUCUCUCAUCUCUCCACUCUCCCUCAUCUCUCCACCCUCUCUCAUCUCUCCACCCUCUCUCAUCUCUCCACUCUCCCUCAUCUCUCCACUCUCCCUCCACUCAUCCUCUCCAUCUCUCCACCCGCUCUCAUCUCCCACCCUCCUCAUCUCUCCACCCUCUCUCAUCUCUCCACUCUCCCUCAUCUCUCCCCUCUCUCAUCUCUCCACUCUCCCUCAUCUCUCCACUCUCCCUCAUCUCUCCACCCUCUCCUCAUCUCUCCACCUCUCUCUCAUCUCUCCCUCAUCGAUCCUCCACCCUCUCUCCUCUCCGCUCCCUGCAUCCGCCACGAGCCCGCAGCGCUCCUCCGACCGCUCUCACUCGCUCCACCCCUCGCCCCGCUCUCCACCCCCCACGCGCCACCCGCGCGCAUCUCGCCACGUCGCCCGCAUCUCGCCACCCUCUCUCAGCUCUCCACUC